UGAUACCCUGAAAUGUUUGUAGAAUGUCCUAAAAUUUGUAUACUUUGAAAUUAAAAUGUAUGUUUUUAAAAGCUGUAAGUGACUGGAGCACUAAAUUUGGAUCAGACGAAAAGCUUGAGGGAGACGCGAGGAAAGUCAAAACAAAACGCGUUGUUCAAGAUUGAACGCCAAGAUCAUACACAAGGUGUUUAUGUCAAAAGGUCUGAUAUCCAGAGAUUCAUCUUUCAUGAUGCCGCUGUCUCACAGUCAGAAUAUGGAUGGGUUCGGGUUUGGAGACAUGGCAGCGUUUUCCCAUCGUGGCUUGACGCAGAAGCGCAAAGUCCCGGGAGAUGUGAAUGACAAGACAGCUCUGUGUGAGGCUGAAAUGCUCACUGCUCCCUCGAAGCGUGUUUGCGUCUGGCCUCCUGAGAAUGGAGACCAUCAGUUCGAAGUGCAGACUCAGCUUGAGGGUCUACCGGGCUGUCUCAAGGAUAUGCCUCCUCCUCUCAUGUCUGCUCAGAGCGCCGCGUUCCCGUCAUCAGAGGUCCCGCCUCUCUCGGCGUGGAUGAUGUCAUCACAGCACGGCUUGUCUCAGAGUCCGUCCAUACCUAUCCCUGGCGACAAGGUCAAUGGCGACCUCCCACGCGGCUUCCUAUCUCGCACGCAGGCUGCCGAGGUAAACAAACGUAACCACCACCACCACCACUACGCAGGCAGCGCGCACCACAACGGGGUGCUUGGCGGUGUGUGCUCUGUGCCUGGGGACAUUGAACCAUCCGGUAUGGACGAAAUGCAGAUGGAGGAGGAGGUGGAGGAUGGAAAAGGUUGCGACAACUCAAUGAACACCAGCCACGGCUUUACCUCCCCCUGGGUCAGCAACACUAGCAGCAGUAUCAUCAUCAACAACAACAACAACAACAAUCUGGGCAGCAGUGCGCACCAGGAGCUUUCAGUUAGCGACGCGGUUGCUAUGUCGACAAAUGUCCUCGCGUCUGGGGUUCAGACGUCGUCCAUGGAAAUGGAGAGUUUGCCGCUGUCGACGGACGCCCGGCGACAGGAGGCUGAGAGGACGAGUCUGAAAUCCCAGACGCCGGAGAGCGGCAAGUGCAGCUACAUGACCUGCAGCGGUUUACGCCCCAGCCCGGUGUCAGGCCGUAUGCAUUGCCACUGCUACGCCUCCUGGCGGGGCAUGUACGGGAUUGACCACGGAUACAUCACCGACUACUACUGACGACAGCGAUGUUCUACGAUGUAAAUAUACGGGCUAUAGAGAUCUCAAAAUACACUUUUAUUCUUUUAUAUUAGCAAAA